GGCCGGGGCACACCGCGGCGGCCACGGUCAUGGAGGGCGCGUUUGCGGCAAACUGGAGCGCUGAGGCGGUCAACGGGAGCGCGGCGCCUCCGGGAACCGAGGGCAAUCGCACGGCCGGGCCGCCACAGCGCAACGAGGCCCUGGCGCGGGUGGAGGUAGCCGUGCUGUCCCUCAUCCUCUUCCUGGCGCUGAGCGGCAACGCGUGCGUGCUGCUGGCGCUGCGCACCACGCGCCACAAGCACUCGCGCCUCUUCUUCUUCAUGAAGCACCUGAGCAUAGCCGACCUGGUGGUGGCGGUGUUCCAGGUGCUGCCGCAGCUUCUGUGGGACAUCACGUUCCGUUUCUACGGGCCCGACCUGCUGUGCCGCCUCGUCAAGUACCUGCAGGUGGUGGGCAUGUUCGCGUCCACCUACCUGCUGCUGCUCAUGUCGCUCGACCGCUGCCUGGCCAUCUGCCAGCCGCUGCGCUCGCUGCGCCGCCGCACCGACCGCCUGGCGGUACUCGCCACAUGGCUCGGCUGCCUGGUGGCCAGCGCGCCGCAGGUGCACAUCUUCUCGCUGCGCGAGGUGGCCGACGGCGUCUUCGACUGCUGGGCCGUUUUCAUUGAGCCCUGGGGGCCCAAGGCCUACAUCACGUGGAUCACGCUCGCCGUCUACAUUGUGCCGGUCAUCGUGCUUGCAGCCUGCUACGGCCUUAUCAGCUUCAAGAUCUGGCAGAACUUACGGCUCAAGACGGAGGCGGCGGCGGCAGCGGCUGCCGCGGGGGCUGAGGGCGCGGCGGCAGACUGCGCGGGGCGCGCGGCUCUGGCCCGCGUCAGCAACGUCAAGCUCAUCUCUAAGGCUAAGAUCCGCACGGUCAAGAUGACCUUCAUCGUCGUGCUGGCCUUCAUCGUGUGCUGGACGCCAUUCUUUUUCGUGCAGAUGUGGAGUGUCUGGGAUGCCGAUGCGCCCAAGGAAGCCUCGGCUUUCAUCAUCGCCAUGCUUCUGGCCAGCCUCAACAGCUGCUGCAACCCCUGGAUCUACAUGCUCUUCACGGGCCACCUCUUCCAAGAACUUGUGCAGCGCUUCCUCUGCUGCUCAUUCCGCCGCCUGAAAGGCAGCCAGCCUGGGGAGACGAGCGUCGGCAAAAAGAUCCAUUCGUACACCUUUGUCCUGAGCCGGUACAGCUCCAGCCAGAGAAGCUGCUCGCAGCCAUCCACGGUGUGACUGACCGGGCCAGGACCGCCCUCCUUGGCUUCGACUGUGCGACAGCGACAGUCUGGUUCUUGGUGGCUGUGUACAUGUGUGUAUAAGGCACCUUCCAGCUUGUACCCCUCUGCACCUUGGGCAGCUGGAGUUGGGUGGGGAAGCAACCCCCACGGGGAAGAUGGUAGGGUGACUCAACCAUCAAGCCAAGCCCCAGAUCUUCCGUGGGCCCCCAUGGGUACUCCUGCCCUGACCCCACUGCUGCCUUCCUUUAACAGUAAGUCCCCUACAUAAGAAUGAGUUCUGUUCUGAGAGCACGUUUGUAAGUCUCAUUUGUUAGUAAAUCCAACAAAGUUAGCCUGGGUACCCAGCUAACAGUCAGCUAUAUAGUGCUGUACUAGUAUACUAUAUAGUAUAGUACUGUAUGUAGCCCUGUACUGUGCUAGUAUAUUACUGUACUGAAUAGGUUUGUAAUACUUUUCACACAAGUAAUACAUACAAGCGCAGAAAGUAAAACAUUUCAGUCUUAGAGUACCUUGAAAAGUACACCUGGAAUACAGAGGCAGAAAGUAAAACAUUUCAGUCUUAUAGUAGAGUACCUUGAAAAGUACACCUGAAAUACAAGGGCUGGCAUGCCUCUUUGAAAGUUUGCAACUAGAAGGUUUGUGUGUCGAGGACUUACUGUAUUCUGGGAUCUUGAGAAAGGUAGUAAGUAUAAGAUUGGUGACCAGGUGGGUAUAGAAGCCUAGUGUUCUGAGCUUGGGGUGAGGAAUAGGACCUUGCUGAUGGUGGUGCUAAUAUCCUCCUGGCCUCAAAGAGCUUUUGGCUUUGAGUGGACUGGUGCUAGCAUCCUUGAGCACCAACUUAUCUGGUGGUGGCCCUAGAGCAGGGGAUUCUCUUAGGAGACUGUCUGGCACAGGCAGCCAAGUAAAACUGAGGUCAAAAUGUUAUGCUAAUACUUCAGAAGCAUUUGGGAAAGAAAAAGGAAAUAAAAGACAUCUAAAUUUGUAAAAGAAGUAAAAUUCCUUACAGAUGACGCCAUUUUGUACAUAGAAAAUUCUAAGGAAUUCAUGCACGCGUGCACAUACACAAACCCAGUAAAACUAAUACAUGAAUUCAGGGUUGUGGGAUACAAAGUCAAUAUAAAAAUCAGUUGUUUCUCUUUACCCUGGCAAUGAACAAUGUGAAAAUAAAAUUCAGAAAUAAUUCUGUUUAUAAUAGUAUCAGAGAGAAUAGGAAUAAAUUUAAUGAAAGAAGUGCAAGACAUAUCCUGAAAACUACAAGGUAUAGUUGAAAGACAUUGAAGGCUUAAAUAAAUGGGAUGGCAUCCUAUGUUUAUGGAUCAGAGACAUAAAUAUUGUUAACAAUACUCUUCAACUUCAUAUAUAGAUUCAGUGUAAUCCCUAUCAAAAUCCUAGCUAGCUUUUUUAUACAAAUUGAUAAGCUGAUCCUGAAAUUCACAUGGAAAUGCCAGGACCCAGAAUAGCCAGAUAAACAUUGAAAAAGGACAAAGUUGGUGCAUUCACACUUCUGGUUCAAAACUUAUUAUAAGGCUACAGUAAUCAAAAGAGUGUGGUAUAGACAAAAGAAGAGGCAUAUAAACCAGUGGAAUGGAAUGGCCUUAUGUUUAUGGCCAAUAGAUUUUUGACAAGUGUGGCAAGAGAAUUCAAUAGGAAAGGUAGUCUUUUUGGAAAAUGGUGCCAGGAUAGCUGGAUAUCCACAUGGAAAAGAAUGCAGUUGGAUCCCUACCUCACACUACAUACAAAAUUAGCUGAAAGUGCAUCAACCUAAAUGUAAGAGCUUAAGCUAUAUCUUAGAAGUAAGCAGGGAUGAAUCUUUGUGGCCUUGGACUAGGCCAUGGGUUCUUAGAUACAACACCCAAAACAUAAGCCCAAGGAAGAAUAGAUAAAUUGGACCUCAUCAAUGGGGCACAAAACUUUUAUGCUUCAGAGGGCACUAUCAAGAAAGUGACAAACAACUCAGAAUGAAAGGAGAUGCUUGGAAGCCAUAAUCUCAUGUCUAGAAUAUAUCAAGAACUCUUACUUUUUAUCAGUAAAAUGCCAAAUAAUUCAGUUUAAAAUAGGAGCAACAUAUUUGAUAAACAAAUGAGUAAACAUAUUUUUGUAUCUUCUACAAAGAAAAGAUAUAAGUGGCUCAUAAGCACAUGAAAAGACUCCCAGUAUCCCUAUUCAUGAAGGAAAUGCAAAUCAAAACCACCAUGAAAUAGCAGUGCACACCCACUAAGAUGGCUCUAAUCAGAGAGAUAGGCAAUGACAGGUGGAGCAAAAUUAGAACUCUCCUCCAUCACUUGUGAGAAGGUAACACGGUGCAGCCACUUUGGAAAAUAGUUUGGCAGUUCCUCAAAAAGUUAAACAUAGAAUUACCAUAUGAGCCAGAAAUGCUACUCCUGGUUUUUACUCAAGAGAAAUGAAAACAUACAUAUACAUGAAAACUUGAAUGUCAGUGUUUCUCGCACUGCGAUUUAUAAGAGGCAAAAAUGGAAAUAACCCAAAUGUCUAUCAGCUGACCAGUGGGUAAAUAAAUGUGGUAUACCUAUACAAUGGCAUAUUAUUCAACUAUAAAAUAAAAUGAAGUACUAGCAUAUGCUUCAACAUGGAUGGACCUGGAAAACAUAGUAAGUGAAAGAAACCUUGAGAAAAGUCACAUGCUGCAUGAUUCCAUUUAUGUGAAAUGUCAAGAAUAGGCAAAUCUGUGGAGACAAAUACAGAAUAGUGGUUUCCAGGGGCCAGGAACUGGGGUGAGUGGGGAGUGACUGCUAAGUUACAGGCUUUUUUGAGGGGUAGUGAAGAUUUUCUGGAAAUAGUGAUGUAUACAUUUUGAAAAUAUGCUAAAAACUACUACAUUAAUGCUUAAAAAAUAUUUACCAACUGAAUUCAGAGGCAACCAGCCUGAAGGAUGAAUUUCUUAGAAUCUCUUACUUUUCAGAGCUUUUGCUUCUGUGUGAUUCAUCAUUUCAGAAAAAUGCAUAGUUUUCUUAGUUUUCCUGUGAGAGAUGGUGUUUCCAGUUUGACCAAAAGUACCAGUAGUGAUAAUACCUGGUGAACAUGUUGCAAAAUGUCUUUUCAGCCUUGAGGCACAUGUGACCAUGUCCAGGAAACACCUUUUGCUAUUCAGCAUAGGAUGCUGUAGACCAGAGGUUUUCCAGCUGGGGCUGGCCAGCUCAUCGGCACACUGGCACUCUUUUUUUUUUUUUUGCACACUUAUUUUUGGACUCACUGUGAUACAAGAGCAUUUCCUAAAGCCCCAGCUCGCCUCUCUCUACUUUCCUUUUCUCACUGUGUACUGCAUUGUAUACACACAUACACGCACAAACACACUCGCACACAGUAGAAUGAACUUUCAGGAUCUUGAUGUUCAGGGAGAAGAGAAGCAUGUACUGAAAUGCCAGUGUUCAGAGCCCCACCAUUUAGCACAAGAUCUUCAGUACCAACUGAAGACAGAGGACAGUGUCAACUGUGAGCCCAGAGGCAGUGCAGUGUUGCUGUGAUAGGUGCCUAGUGUCAACACCAGCCAGUCCUGGCUGUUUGGGGAGCUAACUGGAUGCCGAUUUGGGGUCUCCGUGUCCACCUCAAAGACACCAGGGCAGCGUGGGUGCAAAUGCAGUGAUGGCAGGGCCUGUUAGUGUUUGAGCCUCUCUGCUCGCCAGCCGGAAAUGCCCCAGUCUCUGCUGUCAGCUAGGGAAGUUGCCAUCCUAGCAGCCACCAGAGGCCACUGGGGAUCAAGGAGACAGCAACUCAGUUGAUUUUUCUGACCACAGGCAUAACCUUGCCAAGAACCCUGGAGCUGCAAGGUUCUUGGGCAUCAGAACCAGCUGGGACACUUUCCUCAUUCUCUUGCGGUGAAAGCUCUGGUUGGAAUCUUGUUUCUCAUUAUGGCACAGGAGUCUGUUUUAUAGCCGACCAGUGACGUUUGAUUUCAGCAGCACCACUGGCUGUGCACCUCCCCCCUCCCAAUAUUCCUGGAGAAUAUUUUCACAAUUGACUGUUGUUUCCCCAACCCAAGCCUGGAAGAAGGCAAUUAGGGGUCCAGAAUUCUGCCUCAGACUGGGUUGUCUCUGUCUUCCUCCAGACCCAAUGCCUGAGGUCUUCCAGCCAUCUUGGCCUGCAGUUUCAGGACUGUUUACAAACCUAAUGCACCCAGUGGUACCUGGAGGUGCCAAUAAAUUGGAGCAUGAAGAUUUUCUUCUGGAAUGUUUCAUUGUUCUCACGUUGAAAAGUGAAAUGCGAAUGCUUGAAGACUCUGAGCCUUAUUUCUUUACGUGCUGAAAAGAAAUCGGCCACACUGUUUGGUCUUCUUGGGGGAUGGCUCUACAGGAUGUGACUGCUGGAGGCUGUCUUUUAAGAAGAUCCUGGUUUCAAAAUGCGUAACCUUUUGUGUUUAAUUGCAGCGAAAUGCCCCUAAGUGCAAAAUGUGAAUUCCUUGAUUUUGUUCUACUUGGUGAGUUUCUAUGCUGUCUCCUGUCUGCGCUAGUUGGUGAAUGAUGUAUCCGACAAUGAGCUGCCUGCUUCAGUAGUUGCUCUUUAAAAGGUACACUUAAUAAAUAUAUUUUUCCAUU